UGGGCGUCUCAUGCGUCUCUGAAUUCAUAGAAAAGCUGAUGGACUGCUUAACAACUCUGAAAUCACUUUCCAAUGCUGGAGAUUCAGCAAUAUGAUAAAGGAGUGGUUUUGUUUAAGAAAUGUCAGCAGUUAUACUGAUAAAAAAUGUCACAUGUUGUCAGUUUCCUGUCCAGCCUCAAUAAAAGCACAGCAGUGAACGGCUGAUAAUUGCGCGCAGCAGCGAUCUUCGGUCCAAAGCGUUUGAGAUCCUCCCUGACGCCAUGUCUGCACCUCUCCUGACUCCCCUGGUAGUGGGUCUCCUGAUUGCCUUGGGCCAAGCAGCCCAACAGGACUCAGGCAUUGUGAAUGGCAGGGAGGCUCAGCCACACUCCAGGCCUUACAUGGUCUCUGUGCAGGAAAGGAACAAGCACAUCUGUGGAGGUUUCCUGGUGUCCAGGUCCUUUGUAAUGACGGCAGCGCAUUGCUGGACAAAAGACGGAAUGACAGUUCUGCUUGGGGCCCAUGACAUUUCUGAGAAACGAAAGUCAAUCAGGGCUGAAGUAGAGUACCGCAUCUACCCUGGGUUCAAUGCUGACACACUGGAGAAUGACAUCAUGCUGCUGCAGCUCAAGACUGUAGUUCAGAAGACCAAAGAAGUGAAGUGGAUCUCCCUGCCUGAGAAAGACGAAGACAUACAGCCCAAUACGCUCUGCAGUGUGGCAGGAUGGGGGGCCAUCAAAUCGAAUGGGACCACAAGCUCACGCCUUCAGGAAGUCAAUGUGAGCGUCGUGGACCGAGCAGAGUGCCAAGAAAGGUGGGGGAAUAAACCGAUCACACCCAGGAUGAUGUGUGCAGGGGGAAGUGCCGACAAAAGAGGAUUCUGCCAGCGAGACUCAGGGGGUCCCCUGGUGUGCAGUGGAGAAGCAGUGGGAAUCGUUUCCUUCAACUAUAAUAAAAAUUGCACCUACCCAAAUCGGCCCAACGUUUAUACUCAGAUCUCAAAGUUCUUGCCCUGGAUUAAGAAGUACAUCAACAACACUUCUUUGUCUUUCUUGAAACGUUAAUGGCCUCACUCUUGUGUAGACAAAUACCUCCCUGGUAGCUGAAUGGUGAAAAUGCCCAGGGACACAGGCAGAUGGAAUCCCAGGUAUCUUAUAAUAUGAUUCAGCACGCGCUUAUCUUUACAGCUAAAAUUAAGCUAAUUCCAUUUCAAAUAUCGAUACUGCAUGUUUAGAUGUGAUCCACUGAGUUUUGUUUAUUAGUCAAUUCUGCAUUUCCCCCAUGCAAACGCUGUGGUUCUGGCAUUACAUUAGCUUCAUUAAAAUGCAUGCAAAUAUGA